AUGGGAAAAAAGGAACUACAAAACAAAAAGAAAGUAAAAUUAAACGAGGAACAACAUCAACAACAAGCACCGCUCUAUGAAACUCACUAUCAACAACAAUUACAAUCUUUAUCUCCAUCUCAGUUGCAAUUUCAAUCAAAAUCUCAUCAUGAUUCUAAACAUGAAGAUCCUCAAUCUCAGACAGUUCCUAAAUAUCAACACCAACAACAAUAUCAACCCUUUUACCAACCUGACUAUCAACCUCAAUCUGAAUAUGAAUCCUGCUAUGAAUCACAACCUGAUCCUAAACGUCCAAUGAGAAAAACAUCUCAACCUCUUUAUGAAUAUGAAUCCCGCUCUGAAUCACAACCUACUUCUAAACCCCUAGUAAGACAAAAACCUCUUUAUGAAUCUGAAUCACAACCUGAUCCCGAACCUCUAAUGAGACAAAAAUCUCAACUCCUCCAAGAAUCUCAAUCACAGCCUGAAUCUCCAAUGAGACAAAAAUCUCAACCUGCCUAUGAAUCUAAAUCCUGCUCUGAAUCACAACCUGAUCCCAAACCUCUAAUGAGACAAAAAUCUCAUCUCCUCCUAGAAUCUGAAUCUCGCUCUGAAUCACAACCUGAACCUCCAAUGAGACAAAAAUCUCAACCUCUCUAUGAAUCUAAAUCCUGCUAUGAAUCACAUCCUUAUCCUAAACCGACAAUGAGAUCUAAAUCUCAACCUCUCUAUGAAUCUGAAUCCAGCUAUGAAUCACAUCCUGAUCCUAAACCGCCAAUGAAACCGAACUCUCAACCUCUUUAUGAAUCUGAAUCCAGCUAUGUAUCACAUCCUGAUCCUUAA